CUAAACCCGGAGUGAUUGCUUUGAAACGAUCUUAAGGCUUUUAUACUUGGUGUCGGAUAUGGGCCGCAAGAAGAACUCCGCGCGAAAAAACAAAGAGCCGCAAUGGGACGAGAUAGACAAACACCACCUCAUCGGUUGCUUAGACCACCUCCUGUAUGACAGAGAAAUAACGGACAGUAGGGCCAUACGGGAAGAGAUCAAGUCGUGUCUCCAACGUUCACGCGGUAAAAAUUUCGCCAUUGGCAGAAUUUCAGAGAAACUGCAGGAAAUUCAGAACGAGCACGCCCACGGAAUCCGGCGGGGAACACUUCUCACAAGAGGGAGUAAGGUUUUGAAAGAUAUAGACCAUGAAGAAGUGAAGAGAUUUGCGGGAGAGCUGAAGAGCCAGCAUACUGCCUCAAUUCUCCAGUCUGAUGGCCGUCGUCUCCGGAACACCCCUAAACGGGCAGAACUGCGUGCACAUCUGAGGCCCCAUGCAAACAUCGUGACUCGAAGCAUGUCUGCUGUGCGAUCGAUGUCCGAAACUCCCACACCAAAUAAGGUUAAGCGGAAACGCAGCACUAAGACUGAAAAGAGCGAAAGACCAUACGCCGAAACACAGCUGGCCCUGGGAGAGAAGGCUCCCCCAGAAAAAGCUACCCAACUACCCAUCACGCGCGGAAGAAGUGCAUACCAAGUCCUCGGAUCACGCCUUCACAGGGAGCUAUCUGUACCAGAUAGCCAAGAAGCCUACAGCACAACUGAGAAUGGCCGGAGUCCACAAAGUAGAAAUGUUGACAGCCGCCGAGAGCUAGAGCAUGAGUAUAAAAUGGAACUAAUGCGGCUUCAAAAGGAUCUCAACACUAUGCAAGUGCAACUAGAGGACGCAAAGAAGCUGCGCGAUGCAGCUCUCGGAAAUUUAGCAACAACCCGAGAGAAACAUGACGAAGCAGUGCAAAAGAUAAAGGCGCUAAAGUGCACGAUAGCUGAGAUAGACCCAGAACGAGGAAACAUCGCUAACAAGGUAGUGUACCAAGAAGAGAGGAUACUCGCUCUGGAGCGUGCGCUUCAACAGACACGAAUAUCCGCCUCUUUCGCAGGGCUGCGCGCGCGAAGUGAUUACAGUCCCCGAGAAAGUACUGUUGAGGAGCUCAUGCAAGAAAUUGAAGGUGAAAUGCGACAAAUUUUAUUUGCUUUUGAUGCCUGCCCAAAAAUGCAUUUAAUCAACCUCAAGGACAGGGGUGAAUCAAGGACUCUUUUGGCCCGAAGUCUUGAUGUGGAUUGUAGCCAAAUGGGCUCUCCCGGAAAGUUGCCUGUCGACCUGCAAUAUCUCGGUCUGAGAACUAUUGUUCAUGCGAUUACUGCUGCCGCACUGUGUGAUUGGGUAUUUGGGCAUGAUUUUGAACACCCUCCGCUCUUGCUCGACAUGUAUCGACGCCAUCUAUUGCUAAUGGGCACGCAGUCAUCGGUGCAAAAUCUAGACCUUGCUGCUCACAAGAGUCUCUUUGAAAGUAAAGAAUAUCAAGAAGUCAUUAUUCCUCUGCGGGCAGAGCAUCUAGCAGACCGCCUGGCUACGGCGCUCUCUCCGUUUUCCAAUGGCGAAUCUGGGGACUGGGAACUAGACAACCAUAAAAAAAAAGACUUGAUGGAUUGUUUGACAGACAUAUUUGAAUUGGCUCUGAAGCUUAAAGUACAUCUUUUACCCAGCGGCAAGCAAUAUUUUUGCCUACUCUACCCUCCUGGGUCAAAAUUUGACCCAAAGGCUAUGGUGCCUGAAAGCAGACAUGGGGAUCGGAAUAUUCCAUAUCCUGAUGAAUUAUCGGAGAUCGAAAUAUGCGUUUUGCCAGCAAUAUGUGCCCGCAGGAAGGAUGAUGGAGGGUUCAUCAGUUAUCAGUUCACAGUUCAAAACAGCAUGCGCCUUGAAGCAGAUGUUUCUGUUCUUCAAAAGGCAGUUGUGGUUGUGAGAUAUGACCGACACAACUGUUUCUGGUGAUAUUAAACCUUUUAAUAUGAGAGGGUAGUUGGGUAAGGUCCACU